AUGCCAAAGCUCAUCUCCGACUCGGACAUGAUCUACCUGCGAGCAGCUCCGAUCCCGCGAGCUUUAGAAUCCGUGCAGCAGGCCUUCUAUGACGAGACACUCUUCCCUAACGACGGCAACUGUAGACGCUUCGCCCAUCUGAGCCGCGCAUUUGCCAAUCGUGCGGCCGAACGUUGGAAUGAGACGGAAGAUAUGCAGUAUCUCUCCAAGCUGUUUACCAAAUGGAUGCCAGGAAACCACCCUGUUGCUGUGGACUCUCACCCCAGGCUUUCGGGUAUCAUGGAUACGAUCAAUGCCACGGAUGCCCACGGCCCAAAGACCAAACUGCCAAAGGAGUUCUAUGACUCCAAAGCCCGCGCUGUCAUUGAUAAAAUCGGCGUAGAAGAGUGGUUUGAAGGCUACAAGGAGAGCGCCGAGUACCGCAUGCUAGGCAUUGGUGGUUUGAUGGGCGACGUCACGAGCCGCAUGACGGGCAGCAUAGAACGCAAUGGCAACGACGGGCUUGUAGAAAUUGGUGGCAAUGACGGCGACUUGGGCCAUGGAAGAGGCGGCGAAACUGACAUCAAGCUUGCACUGUCCGGCUGCCACGACACAACGCUCGCAGCCUGCCUCACAAGCCUGGGCGCUUUCGAAGGCGAGAAGUGGCCACCGUUCACCAGCCACAUCGCCUUUGAGCUUUUCUGCAAGAAAAUCGCCACCACCGCAACGCAGCGUCUCUCCGACGUACCAGCCUCGGCAGGUACGCUUAACAUCUCAGAUAAAAAGCCACAGAGCUGGUGGGCGUCCCUCUUUGGCAACAAAAAGGCCUCCAAACAGUCGACCGAGCCGGAGCGCAUCGCACGGAAACCGUUGGCCGACCUCACCCCAGAGCAACGGAAUGAAAUGAAAGACUACUAUGUUCGCAUACGGUAUAACGACAGGAUCAUGCAGGUGCCCGGGUGCAAGCCGGAAGGGAAGCAUCUAGAUGGCGACAUGACAUUUUGCACGCUAGAAGCAUUCAAGGGAAUCGUCGAUAAGUAUACCCCUAAAAAUUGGAAACAUGCCUGUGCGAGCAACGUCGAUGCGCCGUCCUUUCCGAAGGAGGUGGAACCGGCUGGGUACGAGUGA